AUGAAGGCACUGGAUCGUGGGCCAGGAGAAGAGGAGCAUAGCAUUUCCCCAGCAAGGAUUGUGAAUCAGGAGAGAGUUGACUAUAGCCUCGUGAAGAGUUGGAUGAGGACCUGUCUACAUGGCCAUAGCCGCUGCAGCGAAGGAUUCCGGAACCACGUCGUUGGCAUGAAGGUUAUCGACUGCGUACAAGAAUGCCUAGUGAUGCACAAACCAGAGCAUAACUACAUUGCACUGAGCUAUGUCUGGGGACCCCCACCAAAGGACAAACAAGACCAGAGUACGUCUUCGGGAAAUAUGUUUGAGGAUUCCCCAAGAGUCAUCCGCGACGCCAUUCAUGUUACGCGAGAAUUAGGAUAUAGAUAUCUUUGGAUCGAUCGUUACUGCAUCAACCAGACUGAUGGGGAAGAAAAAAUGUCUCAACUUACACAAAUGGACUUGAUAUACGAGAAUGCGGAUAUGACAAUUGUUGCAGGGGCUGGAGAAGACGAUCGCCAUGGUCUGCCAGGUGCUGGAUCGGAACCGCUGCUGCCUCGAUGCACACAGCCGGCGGCCAGGAUCGGGGAUAUCACAGUCGUUUCCACACUCCCAGAAAUCUCUCACUUCCUAGGCAAAUCAAGAUGGGCGACGAGAGGGUGGACGUACCAAGAAGCGGUCUUGUCGCGGCGGUGCCUGAUGUUUUUCCCUACGCACGUCUUUUUCGUUUGUCGGACGAUGUGUCGCAGCGAG